AUAAAAUAUGGGUGCAGCACAGAGUAAGAAGAAAGUGUUACUGAAAAAGAAGUUUAUGACAAAAAGAGAUGAGCCGAGUGGAGGGUUGAAGAGUGGGAAGAGAGAAGGAAAAUUUUGGAGGAGAAUAAGGGGGAAUUGAGGAAGAAAUUGAAGAAAAGAAGUCAAUUGGGAUGGAAAGAGUGAUAGUGAGUUUGAAUGAAUGGUGUGAUUAGAGUUUAAAAGAAAAUUGUGAGUAUCGAAUUGUUGUAAUAGUAUUAUUUGAAGGGAAUGAGUUUCUAAGCUGAAGGGUUCUUGUCCUCUAAGAUGUAAAAAACUUUCUGAGCAAUUCGGGACUAGAAAAGCUUUGGAUGAGAGAGUUACAAAAAUUUUCAUCUCUUGAGAUAUUUGUCUGACAAAAAUCCAUCCAUGGAAUAUGAUUGCUCACAAGAACAAUUGUGGAGAAAGAAUUUUAACUGAAAGAAUUUCUGACUGAUGAUUGCAUGAUUGAGUACUGAUCAGUAAAUGUUCAACAAAUGAAUGGAAAUGCCAUGCAAGAGAAAACAUUAUCCAAGAUCAUAAAGACAAUAAAGAAAAUCAAUAUUAUGAAUGAGAAAAAUGCCAAAUUAAAUUUUGAAAAUUCUGAGUUGCUAGAGCUAAACUCCAAGGAAAAAACUGAGCACUAAACUCCAACCCCCUCAACUCCCCUAUAUCUGUCUUCUUCCACUGUAAAAUCUCCGAAAAUGUAAUUCCAGACCAAGACUAUACCCAAAAACCUUCAUACACUCCCCCAACAUUUCCCAGAACCAUCUAUUCCCUAUAAACCCAAAGCAAGCUCCAAAGAGUAGAGCCUUCGUAACCUAAUAGCCAAUGUCCUUCCCGAUACUUAGUCUGACCGG